AGGUACAAGAGAGGAGAGGCCGUUCCGUUUCUCCUUCUCCUUUCUACUUAACGCACAAUUAAAUCCGUUUUACGAAUGUACGUUACGUUUUAACAGUUACCGGCCAGCGUUUAAUAUCGAAAGGACUGGUUAGUUAAACGCUAUUUAUUAUUUACAAAUUUGCAUAAAAUAAAACGGAAGUUUUGUUUGUUAAAUUCGCGCAAAGUGCAUCGAUUUCAGUGCAUCUUCGCUUGCGAAAUUUCGUUUUAAAAAGAUUAAAAUAAAGAAUAAUGGAAAAGGUGACGUUGUUGCUGGUGGUUUUCGCCGCUUCUUCGGUCUUCGCCCAGCACCAGCACCACGACCAAGAGCACGAUCACUCCGUGCACAGGGUAAACGUCUCAGUGUACUACGAGUCGCUCUGUCCGGAUUCGAAGAAGUUCUUUACGCAGCAAUUGUAUCCGUCGUUGCAGGGGAACCUGUCCGAAUUCGUCAAUUUGACGCUGGUGCCUUACGGAAAAUCGAAGGCAACUUUCGAAGUGACCGACUGGAAGUUCGAGUGCCACCACGGCGAGGCCGAGUGUUACGGCAAUCGGAUCCAAGCGUGCGCGUUGAAACGCAUCGACAAAGGGCAGGACUCGCCCGGUUUGGGCUACAACAAAGUGGCGGUUGGCUUCAUCAAUUGCCUGAUGGACAAAGCGGACAAGACCGCCGAGGCGGUGUUUCCUACGAGGGACUGCGCCCUGGUCAAUCCCGUCUCGAAUCUGUUGGAUAUCGAGAACUGCUCGAAUCACACUGAUGCUUUCAAUUACAUGGCGGUGUUCGGCCGUUUGACGGACCAGAUCCAGAAGCCCUUGAAAUCGGUGCCUACUAUCGUUUUCAACGAUCAGUACAAGCAGGAGGACAAUGACUUGGCUCAAACCAAUUUCGCCAAGGCGCUUUGCCAAUACAUUGAGAGCGACAAGCCGGCGGAAUGUUCGGGCGUCUCCGUUACCGUCACUUCGGGCCUCUUCGCCCUACUUUUAGCACUCAAGAUGUUUUAAACCGAUUUUAAAUCGAUUUUUAUUUUUUGAAAUAUUUAUUUUUUUCGAGACGAACGGGGUAGAAACGGAUCAAAAGUAAUUUUGUAGGUUAAAUUUAGAUAUAUUUGUCGACUUAAAUGUGACCUUGCAUCCUGCCUUAAGUAUUUUGAACUUAAUGAAGUACUUUAAAACAAAAUUGAAUAACUAGAAUUUUAAAUUUAUUAUUGUAAUACUCUUUUUUUUUGUAUAUCGCGUUCCCGAACGUAGAUUUUUUUCUGUGGGAAUGCGAAUGUAUCACACGUGUAAUUAUAUUUUUUAAUAAAAUAUCCUAGAGAACUUCGUUUCAUGUUAUUUCUCUAUACUUUUAAACGAAUGGAGAUUAUGUUUGAUGCGAAUGAACGAUUGAAAUGUUUAGAUGAAUUGCUUUGUUAUUACCUUAUAUAACGUAUUAUCGGAUCAAUUGAAUUGAAUUGGAUUCAAAUCAAUUUAAUUUAUUCCGAACGCUAUUGUGUAAGCUACGUAAUGGGUAAGUGAAAAUUGUAAAAAUGGCUUUGAACGGUUCUAAAUGAUUUUGGACAGUUCUAAAUGCUACUGUUCUGUUCUAAAAUGGUUCUAAAUGUUUCUGGGCUAAUGUAAAAAUGGCUUUGAACAGUUCUAAAUUAUUCUGGACAGUUCCAAAUGGUCCUAAGAUCGCCCGGAACUGUUUCGAAUAUUCGAAUCGAAAAACUCCAAGUAUACAGCAACGGCAGAUUUUAUCAAAAUAAAAUAUAUUAAAAUAAAUACAAAUUGUCAAAUUUAAAGAAACUCUGCAUAUGAGAAACAUAUGAGGAAAAGGAAAAAACAUCCUGGAAAAUCUGGAAACUCAACAAAUGUUAGGAAUAAUUCGAGAGAAGCUCGAAAAAAAAACAUUGGAAACU